GAGUAAUAAAACAAGAAGAGAGACACGAAGUAGAGGCCGGUUUGUAGUAUGUACACGUAGAAGUAAUUUCUUGCUCCACCUGCAGCUGCUAGAACUAGAAGUUCAAGUUCUUGCGUUGCUGCGACGAAGAGGGUGGAGACGUUGACCUUUCUUCGAUUGUAGUAGGCUAAUUAAUAUUUCGACGUACAAUUAUAUCGAAACAAGAUGUUGGAUUCCUCCUGCUCCCCCGAGCAGGAGCGUGAAAUCGAGUCCCCGCUGUUUCCCAUCGGCUGCAAAAAUGCGAAGAAGGGGAUCUCCACAACUGCAGCGACGCCGCCCUGCCAGAACAGUAUCCUGUGCAAAAGUAUCGCGCUCGUAUUGCAAUCAUGCAUUAGAGAGCAGGUAAAUCCGCAUUACAAAUUUUUUCUCUCAUGCUGAGGAAAUUUGUAGUGCAUUUAUACGAGGACGAGGAGUACGAUAUUACUUUUGCAGUUCAUAAACAGAGGAAGAGAGCCCUUGUCUCCCGCGGAGCGGCUCCUUCUGACCGACUUUGACGAGGAUGAAGACCACCAACUUCGCGAACCGGGCGUCGUCAACAUGUCCACUUCGAGUUCUUACCCCGUAGAACCCACGUCGACGCGGCAUCAACUUUAUUCGGCGGGGACAGCUGCAUCAACUACGAAAAGUGGCGGUCCGUCGUCUUCGAAAAAAGAAAAUCAAAAUGUAGCUUCAUCUGGUUCGAACAAAAAAUCGAAAAACAACGAGGAUUCUUCGACGUGGUCCGCUGCUGGCAGAAGUGCAGAUAAUUCUCCGAAAAAUACCGCUCACGCUCACCGCAACUACAAGACAAAACAAGCCACGACUCUUGGUCUUGCCGCCGCAGCUCCUGCGCCCCCGUUGAAGUCGAAAAUAUAUACGAAGGCUGCUGCAACUGCAACAUUUUCCAGCACCCCGCCCUCAUCUACUAGUUGUAACACGGCAGUGGCGACUGCCGGCUCUGCCACUGCCUGCCCAGUGAUUCUUUCGCCCGAGACGUAUUACCUGCAAGAAGAAGAAGAAGAAGUAGAUGAGUGUGAGUCAUCAUCAUCAGGAGCAGCAGCUGGUGCCCAAAGAAGGACAAUGCUUCAAACUACGAGCCCUGCUCGUUCGCCGGGCAAUAAAUUACGUGAAGAACAGGAUGUGAAGAUCAUCAACCAGUCAGAGCGACAGGGACAACAUCACCAUCAGCUCCACACAACUACCUCUUCAUCAGAUUACACCACGAGGACCACGACCUCGCGCGGCGUCGUGGCCGCCGAUCCUCCACUUGUUGGAAACGACUUGCUGUACAAGUUUUUGGAGCGCAAGUUCAACGAGCAGGACAGCGAUCUGAGAGCGCAGUUUGAUAUGAAUUGCAAAAGUAUCGUACUCGUAUAAAUGCAUUACAAAUUUCCUCAGCAUGAGAGAUAAAAUCUGUAAUGCGGAUUUCCCUUCAGAAAAAGAUUUGUAUAUGCAUGAUUGCAAUUACAAUACUCUUGCACAGGAUAUUUGAGGCUUUUGCACUCCGGUUCGAGGAGCAAGACAUGAAGUUGAAGCACCAUUUAUCGAAAGGAAAAAUCCCCCCUCCCCAUAUCGAAGCGGAAAUUUCUGUUUCUGGAUUUGUGUACACAAAUCAGCUUUGUACUGCAGGAGGGCAUUGCGGCCAGAUGCCCAGGCUAGGUAGGGGCGUAUCGGUCUAGGUGUUCAACAUGGCAAAUGGCUCGCCUUUAGGCCCACCAGCAUGACAAAUCGCUUUCAUAAUGGGGGCGAAACUUCUGCCCUUGUCUGCUUGCAAGACAGACGCCAUCUGUGGCCUCAAAUCAGCAACACAAAUUUUCGGAAGCAGGCCUUGUUGAUAUGGGGAGGGGGAGUCUUUCCUUUCAAUACCAUUCAGCGAUGCUGGAGAAGCGGGAACUCCAGUUGAAGUGUUCCCAACAGGAGCAGGAAAACUGGGUGAAGGACUGUGAUAUCCUGUUGUGCAAAAGUUUCGUACAACUCGUAGAAAUUCCAAUGCUAUUCUGGCAUGACAGAUAUAUUUGUUUUACCUGAAUCAGCAUGACAAAUUGUUGCUUUUGGGUAAAGAAAUCGAAAUCUGUAUUGCAAUUUUGAGUAGAAGUGCGAUACUUUUGCAAUGCAUAUGUGAGCUCGCGUUCGCGGAGCUGUCCGAGUCUGUGGCGGUGAAAGUGGAGAAUUGGGAGUGCGAAAAGAUGGCCUACGACACGGAAAUCAUCAACUUGAAACAGAAAAACGAGGAACUGCGAAGGCAGAUUUCGGCUUUGAAAGAGUUUGUUUUUGGAGAAGAUGAAGAAGUAGAAGGGGAUGAAGAACAAAACAGUGCGUGCUGUGACGAGCUGGACCAGGUCGUUGCUGGAGCGGGGAUGAUUCAUCACGGAAGCGGUCGCAAUGUGUUGAGCGACGACAAUACCUACCGUACCCCUGGUAGUUCGUCGGGUAGGGGCAAUCCUGAUAGAGGAAGUACUGGACUUCUACAGGAUGCAGUUGGACGACCCAGUCCUGGCUUCGUCCAGCAAUCAUCUUCCGGUAACUUUCAUUAUGCUGCGAAAGCACAGAAUAAGGCGAACAGUUUUAUUGGCGGCGAAACCACCACGACCGAGCAGUUUGGAAAUCGAUCUGCAAAAGGUCAUCUGAACAGGAGGUGGAUGAGAGGGAACGUGACAUUGUUAGAAAUCUUGGCAGAGGAGAUGGAGGAUGGAAAAACGAAACUUGAUCAAGGCCACAUGACCAACACUGACACGGACAGUCACGCUGACAAAGGAAAUAAAGCACAGGCGCAUGAUAAUAAACGACGCGCAGAACAACAUGGAAAACAACCACGAGCACGACAGGACGUCUCUCUCAGCGCUUUUGUGGACUCUCUUUGGGGAAAGAUGAAUCCCAAAAUAGCCGCAAUGCAGAACGAACAGUUACAAAAACUGGCGGAUCAACUGGCGGCGAAAAAAGAUCAGGAGAUUUGGUAUCAAUCAUAAUAUUGAGCGGAUCAACGCAGCUUCGUUGCUCUGGCUUAUGAACUUGAUGUUUGGUCAUGAUCGGUGGAUGCUGCGCUGUCGCUUGAUUAUAUCAUGGUAGGAAGAAGUCGAAAAAAGUUUUCGCAGCUUUUCCGAAAAUAUUAAACCGACCGUAAGUUUUUUACUAUCAGGUCCCUUGCCGCCCGGAAUGAGGAGUCGGUCACGAAGGCAAUGGAAACUUGCUUGACGGCGCAGGCAAACAAGCUUCAGGAGCACGAAGUGCACAUCAAAGCGAAACUGCAAGCCGUGACCGAGAAUUUUGACCACUUCCAACUCUGCUUGGAAGAGUACCAACAGAGGCUAGAGGAGUCGGAACAGCAAUCCUCCAAGAUGAACUACGGCAUUAAACAGAACCGCAAGAACUCGUCUUCUUGUCCCGAAAGAGAUGUUGAGCAGCAAGAACUUCUCAUGCGGUUUAAGCACGAGGCGGAGUCCAGGUUGCAGUGGAUGCAGGAGAAAUUGGACGAGAGGGCCAGUGAAAAUGAGGAAAGGUUGAAAUGCACAACGCAACAGCUGCAGAAAUCGAACGAGAAAUUUGUGAAGGAGUCCAGCAACGCAAUUACCGAACUCCUGAAUAACUCGAAAAUGAUGGCAAAACGGAUGGCGCAAGACCAGGAAGACUUUGAGGACUUUGAAAAAAUGGUGCGGAAAAGGGAGCACGAGAGGGAGGCAAGGUAAAGGUCGUCAUAGAUAGAAGUGCUUGGAUCGUACAAGGUCAUAUCUUCCGUAUCAUGCUCCACGUGAUUCUUGUUAUCGCUGAUACGACACACAACAGUAGCAAGAAGUACACAGCGAACCGAACAACUACUUACUACCAUAUGGUUUUACAAUAUCAAAAUUGAUCUCCCAUUCCCAGGCUCAUCAAGACCGAGGCAACGCUGACGAAUUUUGAGAAGAGUUACGCCGAGACGUGUGAGAAGCAAGUCGACGCCGUGAAGGAGCAGAAACGAAAGCAGGAUUCCCACGAAAAACUUCUACAGCAAGCAAUUAAGAAACUGCACAAGGAGCAGGAGCAAAUGAAGUCCCUGUGCGACAAGACGUAUGCAAUGCAAAAGAAGUAUUGUACUUAGUAUAAAUUGCAUUGCAAAUUCCCCCAGCAUUACAAAUUGAAUUUGGAAUGCUGAUUUACCUUGAGAAAGAGAUUUGUAAUGCAUAAAUCAAUGCAAUUACUACGAGUGCGAUGCUUUGGCACAGGAUAAGACGUUUUCCGAAACGAAACUCGCCUUGCUGAAUGAGGAGGAGCAGAAGAACAAGGUCCAACUUCAGGUGGAAACGAAAUUGCGGGAAAUCCUCGAGGCGUUUCAACAGGAAACGGAAAAAAAGAUGCGGCUCGGGUUGCAGAACCAACUAAAACUGGUCAACUUCAUGGUCGAAAUGAUGCUGGGAGGAAAUUAUGUUGCAUCUUCGACAAGUGGUGGAGCUCCUAGUACAGGUGGAGCUACAGAUGCAGAGAUGACUCUACAACUUCCUGGUUGUGCAGCGCCGUUCUUGGUGGACGAUGUCGACCGCAAGAAGGGCUACAACAUGAUCGACGAGUCGCCUACUUCUACGGGAAAUAAACUACAGAAGGUCGGCGUAGUGGCCGCCGCGUGCAGGACUACGAUGCCGCCGAACUCGUUUGAGAACGUCAUGGCGGAGAGGCGAGAGGAUGACGUUGAAGGUACUAUGAUUAUACACAUUUUGAAGGUGAUUUGUAUUUGCUCAUCAUGCUUUUUGCUCGCAAGUAGAAGAACCGGGUCACGAGUUGUAGGCCAUUUUUUUUGCGUAGAUCGUAGUACAAAAACAGUAACAGAUUCUAAGCAGGAAAUCGAUUCUAUCCAUUUCUCUGCUCAACAGGUGCUACCGCCCUCGUUCCGGCUUCUAUUUGUUCCGACCUAGUAUCCCAGUUGCACAACAAGUGGCACAGCAUUGUGCAGCACACGAAAGCGAGAUCCUUCCUGGAGUUGCUGCACAAAAAAGCGGACUACAGUGUGCUGCGCCUGUAUGGGUGUGUCAGAGUUGAAAUCGACAAAGUUGACAUAACUUGUAAUGCAUAAAAUCGAUACCAGUUGGAAGCCCAAUUUCUAGGCGGCGCAUGAGAAAUUUGAGUAGAGCCGAAAUCCAGUUUGUCAUGUUGUUUGGGUAAGGAAGACGCCUUUUGUCAUGCUACUUUAGCAGUUCUAUUUCUACGUCUACCCCGAAACAGGCUCACAAUCUGCCUCUCUUGCCUACUCUGCAAGACAGGCACUUUCUGCGUUGCACUUUAUGCAUGACAAACUUUGACGAUUUCAAUCCUGACGCUUCCAUAGCCUACUCCAGAUUUCGCAGCAGCACGCGGACACCCGAAUCGACCGCCUCUAUAAGGAUUUCCGGGAGUUUCUCAACGGUUUGCACCAGAGAAGUAGCGGGCAGCACAACGUCAUCUUCAAUACCUCCGCAGCGGUUCCGAGAAGCUUGAAGAUGUCGGAGAAAGAAAGACAGUUCAAGAGGGGAACGAGGAAGAUGGCAGCAAGAGGCACAGGACGAGAAGGUGCCAGAGAUUUGCAGGAGGAGCUAUUGCUGCAAAAUGAUGAAAUGGAUCUCCAAGACGACGAGGAGUCUGAAGAUCCGAUUUUUACCGAAGGAGGUGGUCACCAGGAGCUUCCCGCAAGACCAAAUACGAGUCCCGGAGCGUUCGGUGGAGGAGGUGCGUGCUCCAGGGGUACUAGGAUAAAACAUGCGGGGCGGGCGACUCGUACUUCAUCAGCUUCACACAGCAAUAUCAAAGGGGGCUUGACAACCCCGAUCAUUCCCUACACCCGAAACAACAACUAUUUCGCGACAGCACCACCGAUGCUGAAUCAGCACAAUGAAAAUCAUUGUCCAGAUACCACUUGUCAUGGCAAUCACUAUGUGGAUCAGCAAAUUUGGUUUUCUCCGAACACGACCAGCAAGCAGAUUCCCCGAAACAACCGCUACAGCAUGCCGGCGAGCGCUUUCGCGAAUGUGGGCUUUUUCGGCGGAUGCGGCGGCGACGAAUUUGAAAAUUUGAAAAUCGAAGACCACGAGCUAUUUCUCGAUGAACAAGGUGGUGCUGCGGUUUUUGGAGGAGGUUCAUCAUCUUGGGAGAUGAAUAACUUUGACAGAGAACAAGAAGACGAAGGCCAACAUCCUGGUGCGCAGCAGCCGCUACAAAAAACACGGUCGCAAUCCGCCGGCGCAGUAGCCCUGACCACGACCACACCAGCUAGUACAGGGGCCCGGCAUUAUACGAGCUACCACGAGCAGGUGCUGGGUGGAAACAAAGCAGGUCCUACUUAUGCAGCUGGGACUAGUAGUAUGGAACAGCAUUUACAAGAGCGUCAAAGUCAAUCGUCUCGUCGUCGUAGUGCCAGGAAUAACUCGGCGAAUCGUGCAGCGACUGGGCGAGUAGGAGAGCAGCAACAGCAGCAGCAACAACUUUCGCCGCACAAGACCUCCAUGCGUGCAACUGCCGGCAACGGCACUGCGAGGCCCUCCACUGCCGGUCUUCAGGGACAGCCAGGACACCAACAGCGGCAUGUGCGAGGAGAACGACCGACACACAAUCUACUUCAGCACCAACCUCAACCGCCUGGCGGAGCACCAUCCCAAGUUCCAAUCAUCACCCGGCGGGUGACCGCACGGCGGCCCCCGACGAGGAGGAACAUGAACGUGGUGCAUGCGGGCGGUGCGCAUUUUGAGAACUACGUGCCGAACCAAAGUUCAUCAUCCUCGCCUGGAGGUGGUGGAAUGAUAAUGAACCAUGAUGGUAUGCCCAGCGGCCAGCAGAAUCCGAACUCGCCGAAAAACCGACCGGCUUCAGCUGCUGCAAACAGUUACGAGGCGGGGAUGAUAACAAAUAACGGGGCGUCGAACAAUAAUAGUUCGAACAACAACAAUCUUAGUACAACCGGCAGAGGUUCUUCUAGUAGCCCUACUGCAAGAACAAACACCGCCGCCCUAAAUGCUGUUGGUGUCGGUUUCGCGGAGAGUCUCGCCGCAAACGCGGUUCCCCGGUCUCCCUCGCCGACAAGAACGAGCGGAAAUUUCAGUGCGAGCUGUAACCGGAAUAGUGUGAGUUUUGGCAGAACAUCUUCUGAUCAUCUUCCUACGACAGGGGAAAGGAACAUUGUUUACGCUGACAGCUGCACGGGAGUAGGGGGAGGUACUCGUGAAAACAUCAACGGAAUAACAGCACAUAACAUUUCAAGUCCACCACGGAGUAGCUGCCACCAGCCGAACAGUUUGCAUUCCUAUAACCCCACUUUCCAGACGGCCGCUGCUGUUGCCCCCAGCAGCUGCAACUCGUCGUCCUACAGCAAACGAAUGGCCGUGAUGAAUGACUACGAGAACGACCGUCCCCAACCGUUGCGACCACACAAUAAUUCUGUGAUGACGACUUCCCGACCGCAAGGGACCGGGGGAGAAACUACCAAAGGCGUCGCGGAUCAUGUACUAGUUGACGGGUCACUAAAGCAGGCACGACACAGUUCCUAUUUUUUGCCGGGACAUCAUCUUCAAGCACAAACCGGUGCUCACCAACCACAUCAACCUCCUCGGGAAAACGUCUAUGCCGCUCUGCUAGGCAAACAAAACAGCACGACCGGAACACUGACAGGAGGUUUUUCUACUUCCCAAAGCACGACGACUCCCGGCGCGAAUUCCCAUGCUGCGAAACACCUGCAACACCAGCAAGGUGGUACAACUUCCGAUGAGAUUAAUCAUGUAGUCGGACCAGGAUCUUCUAGUAGUCGUAUGAACAACAACAUCUUCGGGGGCAGCACAUCAACCACUGAUCAUCUUCUGACGCGCGCUGCAACCCCGGCGCCGAAAAUUAUUUCCAACUCCCCUUAUCCCCCGUUGGAGCCCCAGCCCCCGCCGCCGCGAGCGUUGGGAAACACCACGUCCAGUGCUGGGGCGGCGUACAGGGCGGGAGCAGGAGCGGAUCAUGGACUGCUACACCAUGAUCCUCAUCAUACGAUCACGCCAAUAACUGUGCCGUCGGGGAUUGAUGUUGCCCCGCCGCGCGUAUGAACUGCAAAAGUAUCCUACUAGUGCGAAUUGCAUAUACAAAUUUGCUCAGCAUGAGAAAUGGAAUUUGUCAUGCUGUUUUACUUUGAAAAGAAGAUUUGUCAUGCAUAUACUGCAAUGAGUACGACUACGAUACUUUUGCACAGGAUAGCGCGCGAUGUCACCGUCAAACAGUUCGCCGAAGCAACUCAUCGGCAGCUACAACAGCUAUCAAAUGCAAAAAUGUCAUCUGGGUCUGGAAGAGUGGAACUUGUAAUGCUGUCUGCGGAUUCUAAAAAUACCUGUGUUGCAUGAGCAGCAAGAGGAGUCAGUUCUUGGCACGCGGAGAGGGCAUUUGUCAUGCGUAAUUAGCAUCAAGAAGCUCUCAAAGAAUCUGUGAUGCUAGCACCAGCAUCACAGACCUGACGGGUCAUGCAACAUGUGCAUGACAAGCCCCGAGGACUCUUCCAGACCCAGACAUAUUUGCAGUUCAUAACAGCAUCAGCAGCGCGAUUCCGAUUCCCAAUUCCAUUGCCGAGAUGCGGAAGAGCUUGAGCGGCGGCGCGCGAGGCCGGAGCAACACGGGCAACUACAGCAAUGGGAAUAGCAGCGCAACGCCAACAGCGGGUGGGGGCGGGAUCGGGAAUGGAAAUGUGAUGGCUUGGAGAUGAUGGCGGAGUUGUGUUUUUCGAGGUGGAAUAUUUUGUCUUGCUCUUGCACGAAUUAAUACCUUUAUUCUUUAAAAGCGCUUGCAAAAAGCGCUAGCUUUCGUUAUGUGGUCAAUAUUUCUUUUCUCUUUUCAUAGACAGCCUAAAGCUGAACCAGUUUAAGAGUAAUUUUGAAGACAGUAAGUCAAAGUCAAAUAGUACAAGUGCAUGAGAAGUGGAAAAGUAAAUAUAAGCUGCGACGUCUUUCAAUUUCAUGACUUUUCUUUUUGUUGAAAUCCUCGCGAAAGACAAAGAACCGUACAAGCAUGAUGAGACGCUAUGAUUGGCGAUCUUGAUUGAACUUAAGUAAUAAAGUGGGUCCGAAAGAUACUAUGGCUCGAGGACAAGUACAGGAACAGGCAGAAAAAUAUCAGAGGACAAACAACCACCUCCAAACACCUCAUCAGUGCUGUUGUGUUGGUGGCGUUGUUGAAAGUGUACUAGGGGUUGGGUUUUUCUUUUUCGCGCAUUUUUCUGAAGAUCAUGACACAUAACCCUGCCGGAGAGGAACGCAAGGGCCGGCAGCGAGCAGCAACAAGGUUCCUCACACCUUCAUCUGCGAACAAGUCGUGGCGAGCACGUUGGAAGUAGAGCUGCAGGAGCUCUGCCACCGAAAACUUGCA